CCGAUGUCGGUCCUGGUCUCUAUUGUGAUAUCACCCUGAUGAUUUACUUAUAAAAGGCUAUGGUACUCGGAGUCAUAAUUAGAGUAUCAUCACUUAUUGAUCUUCAAUUUCGAGGAAAGCCCAAAAUGAGUGGACAAGAGCAGAAAGCCGACAUGUGGUCGGCCGAUGUUUACGGCGAAAAAGUGGCUCCAUUCGUUGCAGUCUUGACAGAGAAGAUUGUUUCCUGGCUCGAUCCUAAGCCUACUGAUGAAGUGCUCGAUGUCGGCUGCGGGGAAGGCGUCCUAACAGCCAAACUAGCCUCCCAUGUUAAACGGAUCGUUGGUGUCGACGCCUCGUCAAAUAUGAUAGAGCACUUCCAGAGAUCAUGUCCCGACAUUGAAUCCCGCGUCGUGGACUGCCGACACUUGGAUCAAGUGUCAGACCUCACAGAUGGAAAGUUUGACAAAGUCUUCUCCAACGCUGCCUUACAUUGGAUCUUACGCGACCCCGAAACCCGGUCGAAUGCGAUCAAGGGCUGCUUCAAUGCGCUCAAGCCAGGGGGAUUCUUUGUGAGUGAAUCGGGCGCGCUCGGAAACGUGGCCGAGGUGCAUGCGGCAAUCGUCAGUGCUCUGGUCAUUCAAGGAAUUCCGGUUGAAGAAGCCCGAGCAGCUUCGCCGUGGUGGUUCCCUUCCCAAGAAGCUAUGAAACAGCUCCUGGAAGGGGAAGGCUUCCAGUGGGUUAAGGGCGAGGCAGAGCUCAGACAGACGAAGCUGACAGAUCACAAUGAGGGCGGAAUUGAAGGAUGGAUCCGCCUUUUUUGUGAGCCUUUCCUUCAGGUUUUACCAACCGUAGAGGCUCGCAAUGCAGCUGUCAAACAUGCUGUUGACGUCCUCGAGGGUGUUGGAAGGCAUCAACACGAUGGCUCCUUCACAGUCAAUUACAUUCGACUUCGGUUCGUGGCACAGAAACCGUUUUAGACAUAUUCAGGGAAAACCUCUAUUCCUUCCAUGGCUCUGGCCUGAGUGCUUUAAGAAAGCGGAGACAGCCGAAGUGGUCGUCAAUGACCGCCAAGAUCCGAAUUAGCGUUUAUAUGAUCAAUGCCGAAAGACAAGUUGCGAGAAGUUCAGCAUGUUGUUAGGAUAAGAUUGUUCAUCUA